AUGGGUGCCCCCGGUCCCCCCCGCAGCGAGCGGGUGCUGUGCAGCGCCCGGGCGGCCGUGCUGCUCUAUGAUGACCCCCAGAAGCAGUGGGUGCCGGCAGGGGGGGGCCCCCAGGCCCUGAGCUGUGUGCAGCUCUUCCAUCACCCCGGGACCCACGGAUUCCGUCUGGUGGGGCGCAAGAUGCAGCCCGACCAGCAGGUGGUGCUGAACCUGGCGCUGCCGCGGGGGCUCCGGUACUCGGCGGUGACUCCCCAGUUCCAUCAGUGGUGGGGGGGGCGGCGGCUCUGGGGCCUCAGCUUUGGGGCCCCCCCCGAGGCUGCUGCCUUUGGUGCUGCUGUCCUGAGGGCACUGAGGGCGCUGGAGGAGGGCACCCCCGUUUCCUGGCCAGACCCUGACAGCGCAGAUGACCCCUCCCCCCAGGACAGGCAGCCGCUGGAGGACCCUGAGCACCGCGUGGCAGCCUCAGGUAAGCGAUGGGGGGGGGGGGGGCACCCCAAAACUGGGGACCCCCCCCACCUCCUGCCCCGCCCCCAACCGCUGGGGUCCCGGGGCCCCCCCCGGUUCCCGGGGGGUGGGGGGGGUGGGGGGGGUGGGGGGGGCCCCGGUUUCGCCGCUGCCAUCGCGGGGGCCACGCUCCGGAGGGUGAAGCAGGAGGAGGCAGUGGGGACCCCCCCCGCACCCCCCAAGGGUGGGGGCACCGGGGGGGGGGGGUUGAUGGAGGAGAUGAACGCGAUGCUGGCCCGAAGGAGGAAAGCCACACUCCAGGGGGACAAAGCAGCGUCAAAGAGGGACGAGGACAUCACCAACGACGAGGCGGAGCCGGGCACUAGGACCCAGGAACCCAUGCGGAGGCCGUGGGAGAAGGGGAGCUACACGCUGCCCAGGAUGAAGUCGGCUGCUCCAGCUGCCCCCAGCGACCCCCCCCCUCCCGCUGAGGAGCCCGAACUGGAGCGAAUCAAACAGGAGCUGCUGGAGGAGAUGAGGAGGGAGCUGCAGAAGAUGAAGGAGGAGAUCAUUGAAGCCUUCGUGAUGGAGCUGAGGAAGCAGAGCCCACCCUGACCCCCCCCCCCUCCAGAUUUGGGGGUGUGGGGGGGUCCCUACUCCUCCCUCCCCCCUGGGCCCCCCCAGGCUGUGCCUUACCGCUUUGGGGGGGCCGCAGCAGCCCCCCCCGCACUGUGCCCCACCCCCCCCACCCCCACACUUCAGGGACCUCCCGGGGGGCCUUUUGAGGCCACUUUUGGGUUUUUCACCUUUUUGGGGGUUAUUUUGGGGUGACCCCCCCCGCAAUAAACACGGUUUUGUACACGA